AGAAGUAAAAUGGCGGACAGCACUGAAUCUCGGCCUCUGGAAGAUAGCCCUCGUUCCAGCCCUCAUAAUGAGUUGGAGGAACUCAAGAAAGACCUGGAGGGUUGGAGAGAGGUGCUUCUACCCAUGACCAGACUUCUUAACUGGGACAAGCCAUAUCACCCUGCUGUCAUCCUUGGUCUUUCCACUUUUAUUUUCGCACUAAUCUGGUAUUUCGAGCCAUCGGUACUGACAACCUUCUCACUGUUUGGCCUGAUCAUCAGUUUGAUUGACUUCCUUGUUCCAAUAGUUGGACCCACCCUGUUUGCGUCAGGCUCCUGGACAGUGGUACAGCAGCAGCAGUAUGAGCAGAUCUGUUUGCGUUUGAUGCACGCCCGCGAUCACUUCGUCAAUUUCAAGAACGCCAUGGGCACACUCAAGGUCGAGAAACCAAAAGUGUACUUCAUCCUGGUCAUGGGUAUCCUGGUGGUGUUUGCCUGGGUCGGAAGUCUUUUCGAUAACCUCUUCCUCACAUACUUCCUCCUCAACAUCAUCCUGCUCGUGCCCGGUCUUCGUCGCCAUGGCAUCAUUCAGAAGUACUUCCGUGGUGUGUGGCUAGUCAUCAAGAGGCUCAUUAUGGGGAAGGACAAGAAGAACUGAACAUGAAUUUAUGGACAUUCUGUUGGGCAUAAUGUUGCUACAGUCACUUAUUGGUGUGUUACAUGUUCUUGUUGAGUGGUUUAUAUUUGACCUACCUUGCUGGCUGGUGAAAUAUGUCGAACAUAUUGUCUUUACUAUAUUUAACUCUUUUGAGGUGAAGAAAUGUCGGAUCCUAUAUCUUUCGCAAAUGAGUUGCUAAAAAUAGAAAAUGUAUUACAAAGUACUUGAGCAUUAUUAUUUGAUAUAUUUGGCUCAGCAUGGCUUUUAUGUACUUAGAUAACAUGACAAAAUAAACAUUUACUGAUGACUUAGAUGAAACAAAGCCAUGGUAUUUCAUUGAGACAUGAUUGAUAGUAGUUAAAUGUUUAGGAAACUGGGUUCUGUUAUAUUUCCUUUGCUGAUGGAAUGGGAGCAUUUGUUGCUAUGGCUUACGUUAGGUUGAUCUUCCAUGGGUGUGUUAUUUCUGCUAAUGCUGAAGGGAAUGAGUUACCCACAGCCUGGAAAAUCUGGCAUACCUGUCAGGGUGCCGUAUAUCGGCAUCCUUUACUAAGGUAUAACUUCACAAACUGUCAAAACUGCAA